GUAGCAAAAGAAAACGAAACAAAAGAAAACGUAGCAAACGAAUUUCAAUCUUUAUCUCAUAUUUAUUACGAUACAAUUGAAAGGGAUCAAAACUCCAUUUACACGCUAAUUAUUUUAAUAUCAUCAUUUGUUGAUCAUAAAAAUCGAAGAGAAAAAAUACGAGAGUCAUGGGGAAACCCCAAAAUUUGGAAUACGAACGACAAAUUCAUCAUUGUUUUUGUGACAGGAAAAGUUGAACGCGCAAACUCAAUGAUAGAAUUGGCCGAAGAAGCCAAAGUAACAAAAGAUAUUAUUUCUCUGGAUAUACCCGAAGAUUUUUAUUUGUUAGCUAAAAAAGUUAUUAUUGGUUUUAUAUGGGCAAAAAAUAACUUGAAAUUUAAAGCAAUCUUGAAAGGUGACGACGAUAUUUUUAUAAAUAUUGAUAAUGCAAUUAGUUUCAUUAAUCAGAAUGAAGAAACUUACGGAUACUUUGGACAAAAAAUGCAUAAUCAACCAGUAGAACGAAGUGGUCGUUACAAAUUGACAAAAGAAGAGCACGAAAAAAAUGUCUUUGAUCCAUAUUGUUCAGGAGGAGGAUUUAUUUUUACCAACGCUAGUGUUUACAAAAUUAUUCCAUUAUUUGAUUUAGAAAAAAUAUUGCGAAUUGACGAUGCACAUAUUGGUGAACUAGCAUUUCAUACUGGAAUUGUUGCAAAAAUGACAAAUGGAUUUUAUAUGUGGAAUGAUUGGUGCGAAUAUCUAAAAGACAUCAUAGUAUCGCAUCCAGCUGACGAUCCAACAUGCAUAGACUUUUUGUUAAAAAGAUCUAUGAUUGACAACGGAAAACUUCCUCGAGAUUCUCGCGUGGAAAACCAAAAAUUUUAUAAAGAUGUUUCUUUGUUAUCAAAAAAAUAAAACUGAAAAGGU